AUGCCUUCGUUUCUCGACUCAUCACCGGCGGCCGGCGACUGGAGCUCGCUGUACUUGGCGGCGCAGGAGCCUGUGAAGGCGCCGCGGCAUGGGUUGGUGAUGCCGCCUCCGGCGGCGGCGGCGGCUGCUGCCAAGAGGCCGGCGUAUGGUGGCGGGAGGAGGAUCAAGAACUUCGAGAUGUGCACCGAGGCGCUCGGGUGCGAGACCGGCGGCGUCGACGGCGCCGCCGCCAUUGCUGCGGCUGAGGAUGUCAUGGCCGUCGAGACGGACUGCGCGGAGAGGAAGAGGCGUGCCAGGGAGGAGGCCGCGGCGGAGUCGAUGGUGAUGGAACUGGAGGCGGGGAGGGUGCGCCGCGCCGGCGGCGCGCUGCCCCCGCCGCUGACGACGCUGGCGCGCGGCGGGAGCCGCGUGCGCAUGGUGCACGAGCGCCGCGACGGGCGGCUGGCGGUGUACGCGGUGCGGACGGCCGGGGUGCAGGCCGAGCGCUGCGGCGGCCGCCUCCGCCUCCGCCUCGUCCCCUGCGCCGGCUGCAGCAAUGCGGCCGAGUGCCACCAGAAGGAGAAGCAACUGAUCAAAGAAGAAGCGGAGGAGGCCGCCGCCAUCGUCGCCAAGGAAGAGAAGCACGACGCCGACGACGAAGACGAGCACGGCAGCGUCGCCAAGUACGUGCGCGGCGGGCGGUGCAUGGAGGCUGAGGUCGCCGCGGCGGCGGCGGCGGCGGCGCGGCGCGGCAAGAAGUGGGAGCCGGAGCAGGCGGCCCCAUUCUGGGUGGCCACCUCUUGA